AUGGUGCCAAUGAAGCGAUAUUUUGCUAUAUUGAUUUACUUAAUGGGUGCAAUAGUAGCUACUGAGGUCGAGGGUGAUAUCAAAGGUGAGGAUCAACCGAUGGAGAUUAUGACCACAGAGGGCACAGAGGGCAAAGAGGUGAGAUGGCACCGUGAAAUUGAAAAUCUUUCGUCCAGAAAUCUCGACUCAGAAUGCACGAAGAAUGCUCUUGAGCAGCUAUUGUCAAAGUGUUCCUUAGAAGGUUUGGAGUCCAUAAACCCAAGGAUGAGGAAAGAAGUAGCAAUUAAGCUUUCCAAAUGCGAAUUUGAUAAUUCUAGGGUGCUUUACCCUGAGGAGUGUUGGAGGCUCAGGGAGCCGGACGAUUACGACAGAUGUCUAUCGCAGUUAAAGAAGUCGCCGCAGUAUUGGACAACAUUCAGUGGAAACUAUAGAGAGAUCAACAAGAUAUGCCAUGAAGAGGCGCUUCCGUAUCAAAAAGAUCAAAUUAUUGGGUUAUAUUCUAAUGUCACGAAGGUCGUUAGCAAGAUAUUGGUUGACUUGAAGAAUUCUGCUUCACACUCAGAGGCAUCUCAAGAAAAGCUAAGGAACCAGUUUGAGGAACUUAUUAACAAGAUAUUGGACAUAUCGGCUCAGCAUGACGAGCAGAAAGAGAAAAUGAAACAGGAGUUCAAAACUUAUAACGAAGAUUUCAAUGUGUUGGUACUGAAUAGUCUAGUAAUAUUAGAUGGAUUCUCCACAUCAUUUGAUGAAAACUUGUUCGAAGCUACCAAUCAUGUGAGCUAUUUAACUAAUCAGAUACGAAACCUUAUGGAAGCAUACAAUGAGGUUGGACCGUCUGAAAAGAUGCAUGAAAUGCAAGACAUGAUGAUGAACGAUUUCCUGGUGCUUUCAACGGAAACGAAAAGACUUGUAAGAAAUAUAUUAUCUGAUAUUGAAUCGACCAACUUCCUUACCUCUGAGCAUCAUAAUGCAAUGAAUGAAAUGUUCAGAGAUAAUCGAGUGCUAUCGAAUUCCAUCAGCAAUAUACUUGUCAAUACUGAUAGCCAAAUAAAAUCACAGAAUGCAAUGAUGCGUUCGGAGUUCGAAUUUUCCAUAUCCCAUUUCUCAGAUUUCCUUGACGAGCAAAUAAACGGUGCCUUGUCUGUAACUACGGGUAGAUUAGAGGAACUAAUAUCUAGUUCAAUGGAUCACUUGGACUCGAAGAUCAACCUAACAGAACAAAAACUAGAUACAAUGAACAAUGAUAUUGAAAAGUUUUCGGGCAGACUCAACAAUCUAACGAUAUUCAUUUACGAUGCUUUGUCUCUGAUAACAGAAAAUAGCCUUUUUUGUGCCGUAAGUGAUGGCUUUAGCAUAAUUUCGACGGGUCUAGGUUCUUUGGGUUCUUUCAUAGGAGGAAUUGGAAUAAGAUUAUUCAAAUUUGGUAUCUAUAUUUUUUUAAUCUCCUUAGGUAUUUUCUGGGUAAUGCCAUUCACUUUAUCUAAAGAUUCAUCGAAGAGAAGCGUAAGUAAAAACAUUCAACUGUGGUCUGUGGUUUAUACGUUAGCUCGAUAUUUAAGGAACAUGGCCAUUAUCCUUUCGAUACUUUCAGGUGCACUAGCUGCAAUUCUAGUAUCCCGUACUAUGAGAACUAUAAGGCUCUAUGUGGAAAACGUUCAAACAUCUCAAGUAGACUCAAAGUCUUUUAAUUAUAUCUAA